UGUUAGUGGUGUGUUUGAUUUGUUAAAUUGGGGAUUUUUUUUUUCUAUCAGAGAAAAUGGAAGAUGAUAGAGAGAUGAAGAUGGAGAGGAGGAGAGAGAAAGGAGCACCCACUUAUUGUGUGACUGGAGCAACAGGUUACAUAGGCUCAUGCUUGGUCAAGUCUCUCUUACAAAGGGGCUACUCUGUUCACGCCACCAUCCGCGAUCCUGCCAAGUCUAUGCAUCUAUUAACAUCCUGGCGUGGUGGUGAUCGGUUGAAAUUGUUCAAAGCUGAUUUGCACCAAGAAGGUAGCUUUGAUGAGGCUGUAAAGGGCUGCAAUGGAGUAUUUCAUGUUGCUGCUUCAAUGGAGUUUGGAGUUUUAGUCAAAGACAACAUUGAGAAUUAUGUUCAAUCCAAUAUCAUAGACCCUGCAGUCAAAGGAACCUUAAAUCUUCUCAAAGGUUGCUUGAAAACAGAAUCUGUUAAAAGGGUCAUUUUCACAUCUUCCAUCAGUACUCUAACUGCUAAAGAUGGCACUGGAAACUGGAAACCUGCAGUUGAUGAAUCUUGUAAGACUCCUAUUGAUCAUGUCUGGAAAAUGAAAGCCACUGGAUGGGUUUAUGUACUUUCAAAGCUUCUAACAGAGGAAGCAGCCUUUCGAUUUGCGAAAGAGAAUGGAAUUGAUAUUGUCUCUAUCAUAGCAACAACCGUUGCUGGCCCAUUCUUCACUUCAGCAGUUCCAUCAAGCAUUCGAGUUCUCUUGUCGCCAAUAACAGGUGAUCCUGAAUUCUUUCCAAUAGUAUCUGCUGUGAAUUCAAGAAUGGGGUCAAUUGCUAUAGUUCACAUCGAAGAUAUAUGCAGUGCCCACAUAUUCCUUAUGGAGCAUGCUAGAGCAGAAGGUCAGUACAUAUGUUGUGCCCAUAGUUGUCUAAUGUCUGAAUUGGUUGAUCGCCUUGCAAAAGAGUACCCCUCUUCUAAUACACAAAGGAAUUUGGAAGAAGAACAAGGUUCAGUUCCCUCCAAGAUUUCUUCAGAGAAGUUAGGAGCUCUGGGCUUUACUUACAAGUAUUGCUUAGAUGACAUAGUACAUCAUAGUGUUAGGUGUUGUAUAGAUUAUGGUUUUUUACCUCUCACUGGAAAGUAGUGGAUGCUGUUAAACUAAAUGAGGGAACAGAAUUAAUAGACACAGUUCUUAG